UGUUUUUCACUCAUUGCCAGGCUUGUUCAUUUAUAGCUCCUUUCAUCUCUUUCAGUUAUAAUUUUGUUGACUGGCAAGUUUUUCUUUGGAAUUGAUAUGUUUUAUAAACUAUGUGGAUUAAUGUGUUUAUUGAUCGUUGGACAGCAAGUCAAAGCAGCAUUGGCUAAUGAAAACAUAUCGGAUUAUAUAAGAAAAUGCUGCAUAAGUGGGCUUCGGCAUGCGCGAACGACUUCCUCUUGCACAAACAUCGAUAUAUCCCCAAUAAUAAUUCCCCAACUUUGGCUUGGACUGUGUCACUCCACACUUGAAGUCUGCUGUUCUCAAGAACUGGAUCAUCAAAGUUGUGAGCUAGGUCGGCUGGCUGCUUUGGACGGCACUCGCUGCGACAGAGAAGAAAAUUUGACUACUACUUAUUAUACAACAUGUUGUCGUUCUUGUCAAAUUGGGUUGGCAGUUAAAGCUAGUAAGGUCAAUUGUAAGGACCCAUUAUUUUCAUUUCUUUCCUCAAUCGAAUCAUAUCGAGCUUGUUGUAACGAAGGUGCAGAUACGUAUUACAACUCAGAUAAAGAUAAAAAAAGAAAUGACAAUUCUACAAUUGAUAGUGGCGAGAUUCAAUUGGAUUCUAAAGAGGACAUAAAUGGUACUAUUGUCUUAACCGAUGAUGAUGACAUAUGUGGAAAAAUUGAAAAUCUUUGCGCCCACAUAUGCGAAAACACGAUUGACGCAUAUCAAUGUAAGUGCCACCCCGGAUAUAAAUUAGAUGAUAACAACGUAACAUGCUCUUUGGUGGAACCAGAAAUAUGUCCCAGGGGCUACAGUUUAGACAAACUGGAAAACAACUGCAUUGACAUUGAUGAAUGUAGGGAAAAUGCUCAUGAAUGUACGUUAUCCCAAUACUGUCUUAAUACAAAAGGCGGAUACCACUGCCUAAAUGUGAAUGCCAAAAAUUGUCCGCCGGGAAAUGAACACAAUGAUUGUAAAGAUUACGAAUGCAAAGAUGGCAGCGCCAACUGCACCAUGAGGAGACAACCAUGUGAAAAUGGGUUUAUCUUAAAAAACGGAAGUUGUACUGAUGUUGAUGAAUGCUCUCAUAGCACGUUAAACAGCUGUGAUAUUAUAAACCACCAAAUAUGCAAUAACACUGUGGGCAGCUAUUCCUGUCCAUGCCAAACUGGCUUCAAAUUGGAUGCUGCCACGAAUCAGUGCGUUGACAUAAAUGAAUGUUCAAUAAACAACCACAACUGCCUGCCAACUCAAAGAUGUGAUAACACGAUCGGAUCAUAUAUAUGCACGAGGCUUCAAAGCUGCGGCACAGGCUACACCUUAAAUGCACAAACAGGGAAUUGUGAUGAUGACGAUGAGUGUACACUUAGAACACAUAAUUGUCCUUUGAACUACGAUUGCCACAAUACAAAGGGAUCAUUUCGAUGUUAUAGAAAAAGCACCACGACCUCAACCACUUCAACAACAUCAACGACAAUUUCCCCUUUGAAGCCAGCAGGAUGGGCAAAUAAUAGUCAAUACCUAUCCCCAUUAGCUGUACAUCAGAAUUAUCCAGGUUUCAACUUUGACAAUGCCAAUUCUGCAAUAUCGCGAUUUGACUGCCCCUCUGGAUUUUAUAGAAAUAUUCGUGGUGCAUGUGUCGAUAUAAAUGAAUGUGUGGAAAAGAAAGCUUGUGGUAACCAUCAACGUUGCAUAAACACAAAUGGGCAUUUUCGCUGCGAAAGCCUUCUUCAUUGCUCGGCAGGAUACAAAUCAACAGCUGACGGAAAAUCAUGUACAGACAUUGACGAGUGCGAGAGUGGAGAACACAACUGCGGAGAAAACCAAAUUUGCCGAAAUCGGAACGGCGGGUAUGUGUGCACUUGUCCGAUAGGUCAUGAACUCAAGCGACUCAGCUCUGGUGGUAAAACAUGUGAAGACAUAAAUGAAUGCUCGAAGGAUCAACGUGUAUGUCCAUCCACUGCUCACUGCUUUAACACGAUAGGGUCCUACUAUUGUGAGUGCAAAAGUGGUUUUCAAAAGAAAGCUGACAACAACAAUAACACACAAUGUUUUGAUAUCGAUGAGUGUAACGUAAUUCCGGGUCUUUGCCAACAAAAGUGUGUUAAUUUUUGGGGAGGAUAUCGAUGUACAUGUAACCCCGGGUACCAACUAGGCCAGGAUAACCGCACUUGCGAUGACAUAAAUGAAUGCGAAGUACAUAAGGAUUAUAAGCUAUGUAUGGGAUUAUGCAUCAACACUCCAGGAUCCUACCAAUGCUCCUGCCCACGUGGUUAUUUGUUGUCUCCAGACGGGAACACGUGUCGGGAUAUAGAUGAAUGUGCAACUAAUUCCAAUAAUCAAGUUUGUACAGGCAGGAAUGACAUAUGCACGAACACCCGUGGAAGCUACAAAUGCACUACCAUUAAUUGCCCAUAUGGAUACGCAAUUGAUUCAGACCAAAAAAACCGGUGUCGACAAAACACUAACUUCUGCGAGGGAGAAGAAUGUUACAUACAGCCGUCGGCUUUUACCUAUAAUUUUAUAACCUUUGUUUCCAAGUUAAUGAUCGCUCCAGAGGGUAGAACAAUAUUCACAUUGAGAGGUCCACUUUGGUAUGAUAACAUAGAUUUUGAUCUUAAGAUUGUUCGCAUACAAGCAACGAGCAAUAUUGAAAAAGCUACUGCUAUGCACUUUGACAUUUUAAAAAGCAAUAACCAAGUCAAUGUAUUAUUGAAAAAAUCUCUGGAAGGGCCACAGGACAUUGAGUUGGAAUUAAGUAUGACUGUUUUCACAAACGGAUUGCCUCGUGGCAAAAGUGUGGCAAAAUUAUUUCUUUUUGUUUCCCAGCAUACAUAUUAAAAAUAAAUACAAUCAGUAAAAUAUAAUUUAA